GGCUUGUUUGAGCGGCUCGAGAGGGCGGCCCGGGCUCUGGAGGCAGCUGCUGGGGGACCAUGUUCGACCCGGGACAGGAGACGCUGAGUGCAGAGAUUGGGGAGGACAGUAAUGGCAUCAACCUGAUGGAGUUCUCAGAUGAGAUCCUUUUGCACAUCCUGAGCUACGUUUCUUGCACAGACCUUGUUCUGAAUGUGAGGAGAACCUGCAGAAAGCUUGCAACUCUUUGUCUUGACAAGAGUUUAACCCACACGGUGCAACUUCAUAAAAAAUAUCAGGUCAACAAGGACAAAGUGAAGCAGCUAAUGAGGGGGAUUGGAAAAGAGAUCCACCAGCUGAACAUGGCUGGCUGCUACUGGCUCCCCAGUUACACCAUUGACCAUGUAAUACGAUGCAAGAACCUGGUGAAGCUGAACUUGUCUGGCUGCCAUCUCACCUCCCUCCGCCUCUCCAAGAUGCUCUCUGCUCUCCAGCACUUGCGCUCACUGGCAAUUGAUGUCAACCCUGGUUUUGAUGCCAGCCAGUUGAGCAGUGAAUGUAAAGCCACACUUAGUCGUGUACUGGAGCUCAAGCAGACCCUUUACACACCGUCAUAUGGGGUGGUUCCAUGCUGCACCAGCCUUGAGAAACUGCUGCUCUAUUUUGAGAUCCUAGACCGAUCCCGAGAAGGCUUAAUUUUGUCUGGCCAGCUGAUGGUGGGUGAAAGUAACGUCCCCCACUACCAGAACCUUCGUGUCUUUUAUGCUAGGUUGGCUCCUGGCUAUGUCAAUCAGGAGGUGGUGAGGCUGUAUCUGGCAGUGCUAAGUGACCGGACCCCAGAGAAUCUUCAUGCCUUCCUCAUUUCUGCCCCUGGCAGUUUUGCAGAGAGUGGAACCACUAAAAACCUUUUAGACUCCAUGGCUCGAAAUGUAUGUUUGGAUGCUUUGCAGUUGCCCAAGUCCUGGAUUAAUGGAUCUGGCCUCCUUCAGCACUUGAAGUUCAACAACCCUUUCUACUUCAGCUUUAGCCGCUGCACCUUAUCUGGUGGCCACCUGAUCCUGCGCGUUAUUAAUGGAGGGAAGGACCUCAAAAGCUUGACCAGUUUGAAUCUCAGUGGCUGCAUUCACUGUCUGUCUUCUGACUCCUUGUUUCGGAAGGCAGAAGAUGAUAUUGACAGCAGCAUUCUGGAGAGUCUGGUUGUUUCCUGCUGCAAUCUGAGACAUCUGAACCUUUCUGCUGCCCACCAUCACAGCUCGGAAAGCCUAGGGAAGCAUUUGUGCCAGCUCCUGGCACGGCUAAAGCACCUGCUGUCUUUGGCGCUGCCGGUUUGCUCCAUCACAGAUGUUCCUACAAACACAGACAAGCCACCUGUGCAGUCUGUGAGUAAUGUGGUGCCCCCAGGCCUUGGAAAGAAAAUCCGGAUUGGGGUGCCAACAUAUGCCAAGAACUUCUUGGAGCAGUCAAAUCAGAAGUCUCAAUCUUCUGUGUUUUGGACUCUAUUGGAGAACCUCCCGUUUUUGAAAAACUUGGAGUUAAUUGGGUCCAACUUUUCCUCUGCCAUGCCCCGGAAUGAGCCAGCAAUUCGGAACUCACUGACCCCUUGCAGCCGGGCACGGAGCGUUGGGGAUUCAGAGGUGGCUGCCAUUGGCCAGUUGACCUUUUUGCAGAACCUCACUUUAGCACAGCUGCCUAAUAUCCUGACUGGUUCUGGGCUUGUUAGCAUUGGAUUGCAGUGCCAGCAUCUGCGGAGUCUCUCAUUAGCCAACCUGGGCAUGAUGGGAAAAGUGGUUUAUAUGUCUGCCCUCAUGGACAUGCUGAAGCACUGCAAGUGCUUGAGGGAUCUCAGGCUAGAGCAGCCGUACUUCAGUGCUAACACCCAGUUCUUCCAGGCACUGAGUCAUUGUUCUUCUCUCCAGCGCCUUUGUGUCAUCUCCCGGAGUGGAACUCUGCAGUUUGAUGCAGUGAUGUCAUUCAUGGCCAACUGCCUUGAGGUUGUCAUGUGCCACAUGUUUAUGGGAGAAUCUCUCACAAUUUGCAAAAAUCUUCAGCAGACCAUUUUACGGAGUUUCCAGGCAGACCGCCCUGCAUUAAAUGUCGUCAUUUUCCCUCUACUACAUGAGGACUUGACGGAGGUCAUCAGAGAUGUCCCCAUGAUGCACUUGGAUGAAAUUACCUUGUUUAAAAGCAGAGUGGCUGAGGAACCUCCAAACCUGUGGUGGUGAUUAUGCCAUAGCACAUGUAGAACAGUUGGGAUGAACGUGUGAAACAGCUUCUUAUUGGCCUGGAAUCUCCCUUCUUGAGCUUAUGGCCGCCUUAUGGGAUGCUGUACGAUCACUUUAAAUCAGUGCAAUUGAAAAGCAGAAGAGUCUGGACAAACAUUGCUGUGGGGAAACACAGACCUUGCACAUAAAAAUACAAUAUCAAAGCCUUUUGGAACCAUAUGGAGAUUUUCUUGUGGUUAAUAAUGAAUUCCUCUUUUACUUUAUAUUAGUUAAAGGUAAGAGAAACUAACUUAAAGAAUGAUCCCAUUCUUACCCUUCACCCCUUGUUGCCUGAUAUAUUUCUGUAGGGUUCCCGUGUACUUUGGUGGUAUGCGCUGUUGUUUCCUCAGUGAUCAUUCUUUGCUUGAGUCUGUUAUUAAUGGCAAAGUAGGAGACCUGAUUCUGGGUGAGUUAAUGUCCCUCUGUUACAAUGGGCACAAAGGUUCAUUGCUCGAAUGAAAUGCAUCAUACCUCUUAUUAUAAAUGUGUGUACAUAGUUACGCACGUGUGAUGAGAAAUAUUUAAGGGUAUUCUCUUUUGAGAGAAGUACCUCAGGUUUUUUUUUGUUUUUUUUUUUUUUUGCCCCCAAGUAGCAAAUCAUGAUUGUUAACCUUUCAAGCCCAUUGCUACAUUCGCCUUGCUGUUAAUGUUUGGGCCGUUUGGCUUGUGGGGAAGAAUUCCUCAUUUUGUGUCUCAAGUUUCCUCUCUAGAUUUCACAAACUCCAUGUUACCAAAUCUCCAACCUGAGUCCCAUCUACCCUAAAAAUAAUAAAUAAAUCAACAUGUUAGAACACUGUUCCAACUAGCAGUGUAGGUGGGAGCCUAA